UGAACUCUCAAUAGCCCAUAGCCAUCUUUUUCGUCGAUAAAAAAAAUAACUGCACAGCGAGCCCCAUUGAUAAUUUUCACCAUACUUAAACCCUUCCACAAGAUCUUCUAUAUCCUCACGGCACUCUUCCACGAUCCUAUCUCCUCGACUUGACUCCUUCUAUACUAGUUACCCGUCACCGUUACCUAGUCUGUUAUAUAUCCUCUCAUCCCUCAAUACCCUGCUGCGAGCUAUAAUCGAGAUUAGGAUUACCCCUCUUGUUACUGCGAAGCUAGUUCCACGGCUACAGCACCACGGCGAUAUCCGUAAUUAGCAUAAGCCUGAUACUUGUGCUGCAAAUACUGCCGGCCGUCGAUCGACUCAAGACGCUCCACCCCAAAGAAAAGAUCGGAAAGCAUGAGUGGACUCGAAGAUAUGGAUGGACGCGAGGCACUAGCAGCCGAUCAGAUUCUGCAUCAAGCAGCAUUUGCCGCAAAUACCUUCGAACGCUUCGGCCAGCUGGAUUUCGCUUCAAGAUGCGAUUUAGUUGCAGAUCUUUCUAUCGACCGACUGCGCUCAAAGAAGUUUCUCUUAAUCAAACUACGCUCUGGCCUGCUACCUCAGCUACGGCAACAUAUUAUCAGUCUUAAACAAGCUCUGUGGCAUCCAAAUUCGGUGCUGAGCAACCCGACUUGCAUCCUUAAGUUCGUGAUAGAGACCCAACCGAAACUCGAGAUGACUCUGGAUCGAAUACUUUGGAUCAUCAGUGAUAUCAUUCGCGGGCGCAUAGAGACAACAAACCAAACAAACGAUCAGCACUUUAAAGAGUUCAAACCCUAUGUACUUCGCGGCUUGGAGUCCUCAAUCAGAAACGGAUUGAGAAGCGCCCUCAAUUUCUUUUUUGAUGUUUGCCGUCAGCUCGCGAGACAAGUCGUUUUCCCUGGCAUCAAGCAAACUUACACAGAAACUUCUGUUGACGAGCUCCUGGAGUCGAUCGAGUGCGUCGUCAGAUGGUCAAAGGGAUCCGAAUUGCAUUACAUUUAUGACCAAUGGAAACUCGGAGUGCAAUCCUUUGAUUACACAUUGCGUACCCUAUUGCUUGGUGCCAACCCCAAAAACGGAUUUUACAGCGAACCCGCCUGCAAGGCGGCUCAAAAAUUCAUACCAUUAAUCAAAUUAUCCAAGUUGUUUUUCAAAAAGCUAACGACCGAUGGAGUGGCCAAAAAGGAUUUACCAUUCUGUACAGAGAUGUCUUCUCAACAACUCAGCUCCUUGGAAAGAUUGAGUUAG